ACCAUUUUCCUCUCUCACACCAAAAUGGAACUGAAACUAAAACUCAUAACCCCUUUACUCUCUUCCCUGGUGGCCCUGUUCCUAUGCAUCUCCGCCACUUCCACUGAAACCCAAACCCUUCCUCUCCGCACCCUCCCCCACCCACCCACACUCUCAUGGCCCGAAUCCGACACCACAGGACCCGACCCGGAACCCUUCUCCCUCCACCUCCACCACAUGGACGCACUCUCCCUCAACAAAACCCCAUCACAACUAUUCCACCUAAGGCUCCAACGCGACGCCAAAAGAGUCAAAACCCUAUCGUUCCUCGCCGCAGCAAACCAAACCCGACCCGCAGGGUCAGUCGGGUCGGGUUUCGCAAGCUCGAUAAUCUCGGGUCUUGCUCAGGGUAGCGGCGAGUACUUCACGCGCCUAGGCGUGGGAACUCCACCAAAGUACGUGUACAUGGUUCUCGACACAGGAAGCGACGUCGUCUGGCUCCAAUGCGCUCCCUGCGCAAAAUGCUACUCACAAACCGACCCGGUUUUUGACCCGCUAAAGUCCAAAUCUUUCGCCGGAAUCCCAUGUGGGUCCCCCCUAUGCCGCCGUCUGGACUCGCCGGGGUGCAGCCGGAAAAAGGGUCUUUGUCAGUACCAAGUUUCGUACGGCGACGGGUCUUUCACGUUCGGAGAUUUCUCCACCGAAACGUUGACGUUCCGACGCGCGCAGAUCCCGCGCGUGGCGUUGGGAUGCGGCCACGACAACGAGGGCCUCUUCGUGGGCGCCGCAGGUUUGUUGGGCCUGGGCCGCGGCGGGCUGUCGUUUCCGGUCCAGGCAGGAUCCCGGUUCAACAACAAAUUCUCUUACUGCCUAACGGACCGAACCGCUUCCGCCAAACCCUCUUCAUUAGUCUUCGGCGACUCGGCCGUUUCGCGAACCGCCCGGUUCACUCCCCUGAUAAAAAACCCAAAACUAGACACGUUCUAUUACCUGGAGCUUCUGGGUAUGAGCGUUGGCGGCGCCCCGGUUCGCGGCAUUUCGGGUUCGCUCUUUCGGGUCGGCUCGAGCGGGGACGGUGGGGUGAUAAUUGACUCGGGGACUUCCGUGACGCGCCUCACGCGCCCUGCUUACGUGGCUCUGAGAGACGCGUUUCGGGUGAGGGCUUCGCAUUUGAAGCGUGCGGCUGAGUUCGCGCUUUUCGACACGUGCUUUGAUCUCUCGGGGCUGUCCGAGGUUAAGGUUCCGACCGUGGUGUUUCACUUCCGUGGUGCUGACGUGUCCCUUCCGGCGACGAAUUAUCUUAUUCCGGUCGAUAAUAGUGGUACGUUCUGCUUUGCAUUUGCCGGAACUAUGAGUGGCUUGUCCAUUAUUGGAAACAUUCAGCAGCAAGGCUUUCGGGUCGUCUUUGAUUUGGCUGCUUCUCGGGUCGGGUUUGCCCCUAGAGGCUGCGCGUGAUUAUCAUUAUGGGAAUCACUCUUUCCCUUUUUCUUUUUCAUUUAUGCCCAAACCCAAACUAUUAGAGAUUAUUCAAGGAAGAUUAAUAUCUUAAUCUUUAUGGUUUUUUAUCUUAUUGCCUAAUGAAAUGUUACUUGCUAGUCCAACAGUAAGAGCUAUUUAUAUUAUAAUGACAUUAGCAUAAGAGUUAGUUCGUUUUAAUGACAAAGAUGAAAGACUAAAGUUUGAGA